CUAGAGGCAGCCAGGGAGUGAACAUAUAGGCUGGAGACUCGGCAGACAGGCAGCGCUCAGUGUUGACCAUAUAUGGUCAUAGCCACUGGGAGACAUCGCAGCCGCCAGCGCAGGGUCUGGGCUUCCGGGUUUGGAGAAGAAGUGCAGAGACAGGGAGACAGACUGUGAGCACUGAUUGGACAUACACACACUCUGCUGCAGCAGGACAACAUGCCUUACGAGCUCAAAAAAGUCUUUGCAAGUCUUCCUCAAGUGGAAAGAGGUGUAGCCAAGGUUAUUGGCGGAGACCCAAAGGGCAAUAACUUUCUAUACACCAAUGGAAAAUGUGUCAUCAUCCGCAAUAUCGAGAAUCCAGCCAUUGCCGAUGUGUACACAGAACAUGCUCAUCAAGUUACUGUUGCCAAAUAUGCCCCUAGUGGAUUCUACAUUAUUUCUGGAGAUGUCUCUGGGAAAGUGAGAAUUUGGGACACCACACAGAAAGAGCACUUGCUAAAGUAUGAGUACCAACCAUUUGCUGGCAAAAUUAAAGACAUGGCCUGGACAGAGGAUAGCAAGAGGGUCGCUGUGGUUGGAGAGGGAAGGGAAAUAUUUGGUUCAGUCUUCCUCUGGGACACUGGCUCAUCUGUGGGAGAAAUUGCUGGACACAACAAAGUCAUCAACUCUGUGGACAUCAAACAAACAAGGCCAUAUCGUCUUGUAACUGCUAGUGAUGACAACUGUGCUGCUUUCUUGGAAGGCCCUCCUUUCAAGUUCAAGUUUACAAUAGGUGACCACAAUAGAUUUGUUAACUGCAUUCGAUUUUCUCCUGAUGGCAACAGAUUUGCAACAUGUAGUGCAGAUGGUCAGAUUUUCCUUUAUGAUGGCAAGACUGGAGAACAAGUAUGCAACAUUGGUGAUGGUAAAGCGCAUAAUGGUGGAAUUUAUGCAAUUAGCUGGAGUGCUGACAGCAACCAUCUACUUUCCGCAUCCGGGGACAAAACAGCAAAGAUUUGGGAUGUUGCGGCUAACUCAGCAGUCACCACGUUCCACCUCGGCUCGGAUGUGCUGGAUCAGCAACUAGGCUGCUUGUGGCAGAAGGAUUAUUUGCUGAGUAUUUCUCUGUCUGGCUACAUCAAUUAUUUGGACAAGAAUAACCCAGAUAGACCUUUACGUGUAAUCAAGGGCCACAGCAAGUCGAUCCAGUGUAUGACCGUACAUAAGGGUGAUGGCCGAUCUACCAUUUAUACAGGCAGCCACGAUGGGCAUAUCAAUUAUUGGGAUGCUGAUAGCGGAGAGAAUGAUAGUUUUACUGGAAAAGGUCAUUCCAACCAAGUGUCAAGCAUGGUCCUAGACAAUGGCUCCAACACGUUGGUCUCUUGUGGCAUGGAUGACACCUUGCGUUAUACAAAUGUGGUCAACAGAGCUUAUAGUCCUCAGGAUUCCAUUAAGUUGGAUGUGCAGCCUAAGAGUUUAUCUGUUGGCUCAGGGAGCUAUACUGUAACAGUCUGCAUUGGACAGAUUGUACUGUUUAAAGACAAGAAAAAAGUCUUCACACUUGACUCCCUGGAUUAUGAGCCUGAAACGGUUGCGGUUCACAAAUCUAAUGGAAUGGUUGCAGUUGGAGGAGCAGAUAGCAAAGUCCACCUGUAUUCCAUUCAAGGGAAUACUCUAAAGGAUGAAGGAAAGACUCUCUCAGCAAAGGGACCAGUGACCAGUCUUGCUUAUUCACCUGAUGGUGCCCAUCUUGCCGUUUCUGAUGCCAACAAGGUCAUCACAGUCUUCAGCGUGGCUGAUGGAUACGCAGAAAAAGGCAAUUUCUACGGACACCAUGCAAAAGUAGUGUCUAUGGCUUGGUCGCCUGACAAUGAGCAUUUUGCAAGCAGUGGUAUGGAUAUGAUGGUUUUUGUUUGGACCUUGAGCGAUCCUGAUGAAAGACUGAAAAUGCCAGAUACCCAUAGACUACACCAUGUUAGCGGACUGGCUUGGCUUGACGAGCGCACACUCACCACUGUAUCCCUUGAUGCGUGUGUCAAGCAGUGGACCAUCACCUACAAAUGAGCGAAAGCCAUGGUUAGAACCAGAUGAUCAGGGACUAGAACUACUGCAUUGGAAAGAAUAAAAAAAAAUAUAUAUAUCUAUUUGUUAUAUGCUCUGGGUCUUGUCCCACUUUCUCAUUCUUUAAAAGGUGGUGUCUAUAUCUUUAACACAUGUACCUUACAAAGCUUUAGUCCGUGACAACUUGCACAUGAUCUUACUUGUAAAAUGUGGUGAUUGACAUUCCAGAGGCAACAGAUACAUAGCAUUCACAGGGUGGUUCAAAAGCCUGUAUUUCUUCAAGAAUCUGUGUACAGUGUAUCUGCAUGGGGAGGUGUUUCUCAUUUUCAAUGAUUACAGAACAUUUCUGUAUCAACAAUCGUGUAAAACAGUUGUGAUCUACUUUUUUAAAUCCUGAUGUGCAGCUGCUGUGAAUUGUCGCUCUGCUUGUCCAACCUCCGUACAGAAAACUGUUGCCUCAAAUUUUCUCCACCAAAAACAUGGGGUACCUAACAAUAAACAUUUUUUAUGUAUUUCA